CUUCACCGCUACAGAGGGCGGCAGACUGCAGAGUUAGUUCGCUUCGCGAGGUUCACGAAUCGACUGCGGUUUUCCACCUUCGCGUGGAUUAGUGUCCGUCCCUUUUCCCAUAGAUGUUCUAACAGGUGUUUCCAGUGCACGGAAGAAGUUGUUUGAUUAUUGAGGAGUGUCCCAUUUUGGCGGUUGAAACUAGGUGGUGAAUAGGAGUUUUCCAAUUUUUCAGACUUAAACUAUGGCUUCCAGACUGCGUAAAUUUGGGGUCACCGCGGCUGGUGUGGCGCUUGGUGCAGCCCUGUCUACAUAUGCCCUCAAGAGUAGUGACAUCUCACCACAUCAUGUACAAAUGGAGGAAAUGCAAAGAAUUCGCCGAAAACGUACCUUACCCUCGCGGGCCGAGCAGGUCAAGGCACUGCAAAGUGGCGAAGAGUUCGAUGUGUUGAUCAUCGGGGGUGGCGCAACCGGUGCGGGAUGUGCGCUGGAUGCUGUAACACGUGGUCUCAAGACGGCGUUGGUCGAAGCGGACGACUUCGCAAGCGGUACUUCAUCCAAAUCGACCAAGCUGAUCCACGGUGGCGUUCGGUACCUGCAGAAAGCCAUUCUCGGGCUUGACAUUGAGCAGUACCGGAUGGUGAAAGAAGCCUUACACGAACGUGCAUCCAUGUUGAGAUCCGCUCCACAUUUGACCCGACCUCUCCCAAUUAUGUUGCCUGUUUACACCUGGUGGCAAAUACCCUAUUUCUGGGUUGGCAUCAAAGCCUACGAUUUCGUUGCAGGUGAUCGCAAUGUGAAGAGCUCAUAUUAUCUAUCAAGGGAGGAUGCUUUGGAGCUGUUCCCUAUGUUGAGAGGGGAUACAUUGCGCGGUGCAAUCGUGUAUUACGAUGGGCAGCAAGAUGACGCGAGAAUGUGUCUGGCGAUUUCGCUGACUGCUGCGCGACACGGGGCUUCGAUUACUAACCACGUGGAAGUGUUGGAGCUGCUGAAGAAGAAGAACCAAGCGGGUAAGGACGUGUGCUGCGGAGCGAAGGUUCGGGACAACAUCACUAAAAAGGAAUGGACCAUUAAUGCCAAAUGUGUGAUUAAUGCAACGGGCCCGUUCACCGAUUCGAUCCGUAAGAUGGACAAUCCAACGGUGAAGUCAAUUUGCUGUCCUAGUUCGGGUGUGCACAUUGUGCUGCCAGGAUUCUACAGUCCUCCUCAGAUGGGCUUGCUUGAUCCGGACACUUCUGAUGGUCGUGUGAUCUUUUUCUUACCUUGGUUAAACGGUACCAUCGCUGGUACAACAGACGCUCCGUGUGACGUUACUCAUAAUCCUUCCCCUAGUGAGGAUGAAAUUCAAUUUAUUCUUAGUGAGAUCAAGAGCUACCUGAACAAAGAUGUAGACGUCCGCCGUGGUGACGUUCUAUCUGCUUGGAGUGGAAUAAGACCACUGGUGUCCGAUCCUAACAAAGGUGACACGCAGUCCUUGGCUCGUAAUCAUAUAGUGCAUGUCAGCGAUUCUAACCUGGUCACAAUUGCCGGUGGGAAGUGGACUACUUAUCGUGCCAUGGCAGAGCAUACAAUGGACGCAGCGAUUAAAGCUUGUAAUUUGGAACCAGAGCGUGGAUGCGUAACCGAUGGCUUGUGGAUCGAGGGAGCUCAGGGAUGGACACCCACCAUGUACAUUCGUUUGGUACAGGAUUUGGGUUUGGAAGUUGAGGUGGCGAAGCAUUUGGCAAUUUCUUACGGUGAUCGCGCAUUUGCUGUUGCUAAAAUGGCUGCGCUCACCGGCAAAAGAUGGCCUAUUAUCGGAAAGAAGUUGCACCCGGAAUUCCCGUACAUCGAUGCGGAAGUUCGCUACGGUAUUCGUGAAUACGCCUGCACAUGUGUGGAUAUGGUGGCUCGCCGUUUACGUUUGUCAUUCUUGAACGUACAGGCUGCCAGCGAAGCACUUCCACUUAUUGCCGAUAUUAUGGGAGAUGAACUGAAGUGGUCAAAGGAGGAAAAGGAAAAACAAAUCAAGGACUGCCAACACUUCCUCCAGACUCAAAUGGGACAACAGAUCAACCGUCAACUAAAAGAAAAGAUCCCAGUCAAUCUGUCUUCGGAAGAAGUUAAUUUGUACAAGAAACGCUUCGAUACGAUCGAUAAAGAUAAGAAGGGAUACGUAUCUAUUCCAGAUAUCAAACGAGCCUUGAGGGCAUACGGUGAUGCUGAAGUCAGUGGAGAAGAACUUCACGAUAUUCUUCGUGAAAUUGACACCAACAUGAAUGGCCAGGUUGAAUUAGAGGAAUACCUUCAGAUGAUGUCCGCCAUCAAGUCGGGUUACAUCUCGCACUCGCGUUUCGCUGCUGUUGCCGAACAGGAGGAAAUUCGCAAGGAACAGGAGCGACUACGGAAGCAGAUUACGGUCGACCGCUCUGGUGGUGGUCAACGAAAGUAAACUAAAGCAUGUGAUGCCUAAUUACGUCAGGUUUAUGACUAAAGAUCCGUUCGAUCAAACCCCACCUCAGCUUGUGCUCUAACUUAACCUCCAUAUUCUCAAGUUCAUGUAAUGUUAAAAAGGACAGGAUCAGGAAGGAGCAUGACUUCCUCUGUUUCCUGCUGUCGCACACUUGUCGUCGAAAUCUCCGAUGUACAUAAUUGUUAUGUUCUAGCUCCUCCUGUAAGGACCAUUGUUGUACCAUGCUGGAUGGCCUAUUGUUUUCGAGCCAUUUGUGGCUAGGAUAGGUUCUGCACGAUAAUGAUGAUCCCGCCAAUUUAUUUGUUAGGCUAAAUAUCACAACACAGAAUAUUUAUUGAACACAAUCAUCGUAACAUUAAGAUUUAGUAAAGUAUGCAACGAAUGUUCUAAUUUAAUCGAAUUAAGUUUAUUACAAAUGUCAUGCCAUUGGAGCAGUAUUUGAACCAUAAAAAUAUCAUUAAAAAACAAAAAUUUAAACGAAGAUCAUCAAUUUAUCAAUUAUGGAUUACAAUGCCAAUUGGUUUUUAUAUCAUUUGUUUUGAAUUGUUCUGAACUUGGGUGCUUGAUGGAAUGAUGACACUUAUAUAGACAUUAAAGUCGAGCCAGGACAAAAAUAAAAUUUUGAUAAAAUGAAAAUACUAUUUAUGAUACCUCUUUGACAUUUAUUGAUACAUGUGACAUUGAACAAAAACUUACAAUAAAAUGCCAAUCAAAAAUAAACUUUGUUUACGAAUUAUACGAAUACGAGUGUUGUUAUAUACUGUU